AUGGCCCCCUUCCCAAUCUCGCUCGGAGACAACAAAAAGGGAAUGCUUGAGAAGGGGAAGCAGCGGGAGGAGAGCACAAAGACAAAGGCACGGGCAAGAUUCUUCCUUAAGUUCUUCCUCAAGUGCAAUCAGAACUGCCUGAAGAAUGCAGGGAAUCCACGGGACAUGCGCAGAUUCCAGGUUGUGGUGUCAACGACUGUCAAUGUGGAUGGCCAUGUCCUGGCUGUCUCUGACAACAUGUUCGUACACAACAAUUCCAAGCAUGGGCGAAGGGCUCGCAGACUCGACCCUUCAGAAGGUUUGAGGCUGCAGCUGCCCCCCAACAGUCGCCGUCACCAUCAGGCCCUCUUCUUGCCUCCUCCUCCUCCUUCGUACCCCCACCCUCUGUUCUCUCUCAUCCCCAAAGUCAAUUUGUUUACAGUAAUUUUGAAGGGUGAAUUAUUUGCUGUAAUCGUCCGCACUGAUGAAGCAGCCACCCCAUGCAUCAAGGCUAUCAGCCCAAGUGAGGGAUGGACCACUGGAGGAGCCACUGUCAUCAUCAUUGGAGACAACUUCUUUGACGGCCUACAAGUUGUGUUCGGCACUAUGCUCGUAUGGAGUGAGCUGAUAACUCCCCACGCCAUCCGCGUCCAGACUCCACCUCGGCAUAUCCCUGGUGUUGUGGAAGUCACGCUGUCCUACAAGUCCAAGCAGUUUUGCAAAGGUGCCCCUGGGAGAUUUGUAUACACUGGUGACACAGCCCCGGCCCUGCUGUACUCAAGGCCAGGGCUGUGCCGGCGGAGCGCCCCCCAACCCAAAAUCCCCAACCAGACCCCUCCAUCCUGGGGCAGCUGUUUCUCAUCAAGUCUCCCCUCUCCCACUCCCAAAAAGCUGCACUCCUACCACCCCCAGCCCUCUGCCCCCUUCUCCUCCAUCCAUGCAGUCUGGCCCAGCUUUCCUGCAUUUAACCUCCCUAGCAGGAGCAGAGCAGAGGCCAACGAGGCACCGGGAUAA